AAGAAAAAGAGAAAAAAGGACAGUCGAGCAAACCGCGUUUGUGAUUCGCCAACAGCCACGACGGAUUGCUUGGACGAUUAAUUCUCCCUCUUCAUUCGGUGCGCGAGGAGCCGCACCGUACCAUACAUUCGCUGUUUAUUCUUCGCUCGUGUGCCAAGAGUUAAAUCGCACGCAAAUAUUUGUACAGCAACUCAUCUGUGUGUUGGGCAUGUUAAUCGCGCUGUUGGUCGAGAGAUGGCGAUUCCAGUGAUCGAGUAACUGUCAAGACAGAAUGAACGUGAAUGGUACUGGAUUUUCUUUGGUGUCUCAUUUAUUAAAAGAUAAACAACGGUAGACACGAUGAGGGUCCAGCUGUUGAUCGCGCAGGUGAUGGCGAUGACGAUGAUGAUGGUGAAAUGCAGCGACAUUACAUCAGCGGUGUUUGGUAGCGUGUUAGACGGUAUGCCAGCGGCCUUUGGCGAUUUUAAUUCCGACGAGCUGACCGACGUGUUCAUGCUGCGCAAGAACGGCACCACCGUUCAAAUCUUUCUCGCCGCCGAGCAGGAACCACUUUUGAGGCCCAGCUCUGACCUGAGUUGCACGUUCCGCCGUUUGGUGGAAGGCGUAGUGCCGGGAGACUUUGACGGUGACGUGUUCAUGGACGUGUUGGUCAUCACGUUUGACAAAGAGGAGAAAUUGUCGUACGGUUAUAUACUGUGGGGUGGAAACGGCUGGUUAAACUGUUCGAACGAAGAUCGCCCAGUGAUAACCAUGAAAGGGCAACCGCUGGCUCUCGACUAUAACGGUGACAUGAUAAUAGAUCUGUUCGGUUUGGACGAAUACAACGAGAGAGUGUUUUGGAUAUUCGACGAGAGCAGAAAACCCCCGAAAAAGGUCCCUAUGGAUCCGCCGUUGAAUCUACCGUUAGCGUCCAUCAGUCAGCCUCACUCCAACGCCUAUCUCGAUCUGAACAGCGACUUUUUGGCCGAUCUCGUGGUCACGACGGGCAAACACUUUGAAAUUUGGCUAGGCGUGGAGCAAGGAUUCCAAUAUGACAAACUGAUAAAGUUCCCCAUCUCCAAGAACUUCAACGGCGUGCUCGGGCAAACGUUGUACCUGGACGUUGAGCUGACCGGCAAAAUGGAUCUGCUGUUGCCUCUGUGCUUCGACACGGCGUGCACCAACAGCACCAUCAUGAUGUACUCCUCGGACAAGUGGCACGAUCUCGGGGUGAACUUGAGAGACAGCGACAACGUGCUGUGGGGUUUCGUAAAGGGCAACGGGCAACGAUACACCGACACGAUCACUCUUCGCGGCGGUGACUUCAACAUGGACGGUUAUCCAGAUCUACUGGCCACGCUGAAGCCGACCACUGGCAAACAGACGCGGUCCUAUCUGCUGGAGAACGUGGCGUGCGACUCGUGCGAGAAUUUCACUCGGAAAUUCCAAGUGAAAUGGCAGGCGCUGAACCCGUUCCGCAACGAAACCGCGAUGGCCGUGUUCUACGAUUUUUACCAAGACGGGAUCUUGGACGUUAUCUUGGUGGAGGUGGACAAAAGCAGGAACAGCUAUCGUACAGCUGCCUUCAAGAACAGUUUGGACUACGACGCAAACUUUGUGAAGGUGAUGGUGCUCACCGGACGGAACAACAGCAUGUAUCCGAUCUCACCGGGCUCGCUCGGCAAGAAGAAGCGAACUUACGGUACGAAUCUUCCUGGUCCGUCGAUAGCCUAUCGGACCACAACUCAAGACGGCAGCCCGCGAAACGCGAUCGCCGCCCAGCUUCCGCAGAGUGCCCAUUUCUCUCUGAAUUUGCCUUACACGACCUUUGGUCUGGGCAGAACGCCCAACUUUGUCGACGCUCUCACUAUCGGGGUUGCGGGAAAAUGUCGAGAAUGGCCACAGAUCAUCCCCAACUCGCAGAUGGUAAUGAUACCGAAUCCGAUAAUGGAACCCUCGAAGUGGAAAGCCCAGCUGUUCGUAACGCCGAGCAAAUUGAUAUUACUGAGCGCCGCUGCGUUAACCGCCACCUGCGGUCUCAUAUCCUUGAUCAUCGUCGCGCUCUACUGGAAAGAGCGAAGGGAGGACAAGCUCGAGAAGCUUCAGGAAGCGCAUCGAUUCCCCUUCGACGCGAUGUGAGGGUGAUUCCAUUAACGAUCCGUCGAAUAUCUUUAAGAAAUGUAUUUAAUAGAUCUACAAGUUGUUUCGUAAUAUCGGCAAAUAAAUAGAGAUAAAUUAACUAAAUCUGUAAAUCAAUAGAUAUACAAACAUCUACAAAAUGAGUGAGCAAGUGAACGAACGGUUGGACUCGAUGCGUAAUACAAGUCGAGAUACCGAUAGGUAAUACGCGCGGGCGAGUGUGUAAGUAAGUGUAUACAAGUGUCUGUUGUGUUGCGUGUCACGUGUGUGUAGUUUAAGGAGAUUGGCGAUAUUUUGUACAACAAGUUUCUGAAAUAUAUCGCGCACUCUGCUUUUCUUUCAAAUAGAAAGUCGUCGUCGUCGCUAAUAAAAUUGACAAUUUAUUGAUUU